CAGAGGAAGGGUGUAAGGACAGCAGGGACACUUUGAGCUACCAUGGAUAUCCCCACCGAUUUGGUGCCGUCCUCCAUGAUGUCCCAACCUGAGGUGAUUGAGUCCACAGCCAUGAGCGAACCACAGUGCUACUACAAUGAAACCAUUGCCUUCUUUUAUAACCGAAGUGGAAAAUAUCUAGCCACUGAAUGGAACACUGUCAGCAAGCUUGUAAUGGGACUGGGGAUUACCGUCUGCAUCUUCAUAAUGCUGGCUAACCUCUUGGUUAUGGUGGCUAUUUAUGUCAACCGUCGAUUCCACUUUCCUAUUUAUUACUUAAUGGCCAACUUAGCCGCUGCGGACUUUUUUGCAGGGCUGGCCUACUUUUACUUAAUGUUCAACACAGGACCCAACACUAGAAGAUUGACUGUAAGCACCUGGCUUCUUCGUCAGGGUCUCAUUGACACUAGCCUGACAGCCUCUGUAGCCAAUUUGUUGGCCAUUGCUAUUGAGCGGCACAUUACAGUUUUCCGAAUGCAGCUACAUACUCGGAUGAGCAACCGGCGAGUGGUGGUCGUAAUUGUUGUUAUCUGGACUAUGGCCAUCGUCAUGGGCGCCAUACCAAGUGUCGGAUGGAACUGUAUUUGUGAUAUCACUCACUGCUCCAACAUGGCACCACUCUAUAGUGACUCCUACCUGGUCUUCUGGGCUAUUUUCAACCUGGUCACUUUUGUGGUCAUGGUGGUCCUAUAUGCUCAUAUCUUUGGGUACGUCCGCCAAAGGACUAUGAGAAUGUCCAGACAUAGUUCUGGACCCCGCAGGAAUCGGGACACCAUGAUGAGCCUCCUGAAGACUGUGGUCAUUGUGCUUGGUGCUUUCAUAAUCUGCUGGACCCCAGGAUUAGUCUUGCUGCUCCUCGAUGUUUGCUGUCCCCAGUGCAACGUCUUGGCCUAUGAAAAAUUUUUCCUGCUCCUGGCGGAGUUCAACUCUGCCAUGAACCCCAUCAUCUACUCCUACCGGGACAAGGAGAUGAGCGCGACCUUCAAGCAGAUCCUCUGCUGCCAGCGCAGCGAGAAUGCCAAUGGCCCCACCGAAGGCUCGGACCGGUCAGCGUCCUCGCUUAACCACACCAUCUUGGCUGGCGUCCACAGCAACGACCACUCAGUGGUGUAAAACUGCAGCCAGCCGCGUGGCCAACAAAGAGCAGCAGGCUACACCGCAGAGCGGGGUGGGUGCACGGCCCUGGGGAAAGUAACCCACUCACAAGGUUUUCUCAAACACUAAUGGACUACAAGUGCUUCUUUUCCAGGGAGCCCAACACACCGGCGCAGUCCGCCCCAUCUGCAGGACUGGCCGUGUGCAAGGCCUUUGAUUUCUACUUU